AUGGCAACAGUGGCGGUGGCCCUCAUCCUGGGUUGGUGGCUGGUGGGAGUGAGCCGGGCACAGCAACUGCCCCGACCCUCCCUGUCGCUGCACCCCAGCCAGGGGGUGUCCCUGGGGGACACUGUCACCCUGCGCUGCCAACUGCCCCAGCCAGCUGCCUGGGUCGAGCUGUACCAGGAUGGAAAGUGGAGAUCCAGAAAAAAAAUGGACCAGGAGCAGGAUGUGGCUGAAUUCUCCUUGACUGGAAUUAAGCAGGAAGAUGCUGUGAGAUAUCAGUGCCAGUACCAGGGUUUGGAGCAACCAGGGACAUCGGAGAAGAGUGACCCUGUCAAGCUGGUGGUGACAGGUGAGGGCACUGGGGAAAGCAGAUGGCCCUGGGCUGUUCCCACAGGGCUGUGUUCCAUCUCUGUUACCUCUCUGUGCUCAGAUCACAGCUAUCCCCCACCUGGCAUUUCCCUGAGCCCCAAAGAACAUGUGAAGAUGGGGACCAAUGUCACCAUCCAGUGCUGGAACAACAUCUAUGGGGUCGCCUUCUUCCUGCACAAGGACGGGCACUCAGCCCCUAUUCAGCGCCAAAAACUCAGUGUUGAGGGCCCUGCCACCUUCACCCUCUUUGGGGUGACCCCAGCUGACUCCGGCACCUAUAGGUGCUCCUACCACAUCAGGGGCUGCUGCCUUCUGUUCUCACCCCUUGGGGAUAAUGUGACCCUGGAAGUGAUUCCCAGACCUGCAAUCCCAGGUAUCAAUGGGGGACCCAGCAGGAACCUGGUGGCAGCAGUGUCGGGGGGCUGUGCUGCUGCCAUUGUCAUCAUCAUCGUCCUCACUGUCUCUUUGCUCCUUGUUGCCCAGAGAAGACGAAUGCAGAGAGAUGAGAGGACUGGUGGGGAAGGGGUUAAAUGGCUUUGAUUCCCCAUAGAUACCCUAUAGAUCCCCACUGGUUUUGUUUGGUCCCUUUAUAAUCCCACCCUUCUCUCCUCCCCUUUAUGACUCAGGUGACACCCCCAGAAGCCCUGAGGCUGUGCAGUUCCAGGUCAGUAUCUGGGUCAGGAGACCCUAACCCCAACGUGCCCCAUUGCCCCUCCCCCAGAUCUCAACAGGAAACCCCAAACACUGCCCAUAGUAAACCCUUUUAUGGAUUCCAAUGAUG